AUGCAAAAUUCCACGGUCCGUGAAGAAUUGUACGAGCUUGACGGAAAGCUGGACCUGCUAGUUGAGCGGUUUUCCUUGCUUGAAGCGAUUAAACCUAUCUCCGAUGUUCAACCUGUCCUGGCUAACUUCGAUCUUUACAUGAGCGAUAAUGAAGAUAAGCUACUGGCGAGCGUUGGGCAUGCCCAAUAUGCCAGUGAUGAUGAUGCAAAGACCACCGAAUAUGCUUUGGACAAAAAGCUGAAACUGCUAGCUGAGCGGGUUUCCUUUCUUGAAACAAUUAAACCCAUCUCCGAUCUUCAACCUUUCCUGUUUGACUUUAAUCUUUACAUGAGCGAUAAGGAAGAUAAGCUACGGGGGAUUGAAUGGAAUAUCCUCGAUCCCCCUGAUGCAACGACCGUCGGAUAUGCUCUCAAUAUUUACGAUGAACACAAACAAAGACACGUCAGACUCAUCACAGAGAUCUUUCAUGGCCCCGUAACCGUUAUACUUAUCAAUCGUAAGGGUGAGGAUAUUGAACCAUUACACAUAUUUUCGAGGACUAUUGAAGGUGUCUUAGGCGCCAUCCACAAGAGAUACAACAUCCACAAGAGAUACAGCAACCACAAGAGAUACAGCAACCACAAGAGAUACAACAACGCCCUUCUCUACAAGUUUGAUUUGGAAUAUGGUACUUCUGGUUUUAAAGGACUGAAAUUUGUUAGUCCAGGCAUAUGGCGACUGGAGCUUGGUUCGUAUGAUUCGUAUAAUUCGUAUGCUAUGGUUGAUGAAGUUGGUAACGAUGAUGAUGAUAAGGAUGAUGAUGAUGAUGAGUAUGAUGAUGAUAAGGAUGAUGAUGAUAAUGAUGAUGAGGAUGAUGAUGAUGAUGAGUAUGAUGGGGAUUCUUCUUAUGAUGAGGAUGAUGGGGAUUCUUCUUAUGAUGAGGAUGAUGGGGAUUCUUCUUAUGAUGAGGAUGAUGGGGAUUCUUCUUAUGAUGAGUAUGAUGGGGAUUCUUCUUAUGAUGAGGAUGAUGGGGAUUCUUCUUAUGAUGAGGAUGAUGGGGAUUCUUCUUAUGAUGGGCAUAUCAGGUCUUAG